AUGGCAGCUGGGAGAUUUUCCACCUCCCUCAGAAAUGCCUGCACAGAGGAGCCAGUGCUUGUGGUGCCUGUCACCACUGGGAGCCUCACUAUAAUUAUGCCCUAACUUAGCUUCUACACCAAGUAGGCCGCCAUGAGUGAACCAGCCACACCCCACAAUUACUCUGUGCUUGUGAGAGAUAAUAGGAACAUGCCUGAUGUGCCCAGUCACCCCAGAGACCCUCAGGGCCCAAACCUGGAAUGGCUGAAGAGCCUAUGA